AUGGCUGUUGAAGCACAACGUUUGAUCGCCGUUUCUCUGGGGAAGAUUGCCUCGGCCAGAGGUCGUCGUACGGGAGUGGAUUUACACAAAAAUCUCCUGGUUUCCACUGUCCUUCAACGAGCCAAGAAUGUUUUCAUCAUCGAGACUUACAGAGCUACAGUCCAGGCGAAAACAGAGGCAGCGAAAGCUGAAAAACUUUCUCAACAACAAGCUGUGAGUAAACAACAAGAAUCUGUUGUGAACUCUCGACCUCUCGAAUCAAUGGACACGAAAAACAACGCUCAGUCAGAAAGUGACGUUCAAUCUCAACUGAAGUCGAAAGAUCAGGACUUAACGUGCUCAGAAAACAAAGAAAACGAUCCUGCUGUUGCAAAUGAGAACAAGAAGGAGAAUACGCCGAUGGAAUGUAACGAAAAAUUACAGGAAAAUAAAGCAGACUGUGAUAGAACUCGACCCAGCUGUGACGUUUUGGAGCCGAAAAAGUUGAACAGGCAGACGGAUUACUCAACGUCGUGUGGCGGUUGCGUCAACAAAAGGCGCCAUACUGAAAUCGAAGAGGAAUCAAACUCGUCUAAACGAGCGAAAUACGACAACAGUUCUUCAGCUCUGGUAACGAAAAAUCCUCAGGAAUCCAACACGCAGAUAUCUACUCUCGUGAACAUUUUCAACUCUGGUUUUAGCGGACUUGUGAACGUGGCCCAAAGUGGGCAUCAUAACAAGGGUCAAGGUUACUCUUCGGACAAUCCCGCCACGAACUCAUGUGCGACUGCGGUUGCCAAUGGUUUUACUAAGUUAGCUGGCCCUAUCAUUGCUAUGGCCAUGACUGUAUGA